CAUUAACUUACUCUAUGAUUAUCUUUUUUUAUAAAAUUAUUAAAUCAACUUUGUCAAAGUUAACAAAAAAAUUAAAAUUAUUAAAUAAAUAUAAAAGAAGACAAUUAAUAUAAAACACGUGGCGUUCGUGUAGAAAGUUGACAAGUGUCAACCCAUGAUUUCUACGCUUAGGAUUAUCAUAAAGAAUCCACUUUUCUUCGCCUGUAAUAAUUUUGUGCAGAAAAUCUUUUGAAAGCAAAGUGGAGUACAGUGUUAUUUCGUCGAUUUUUGUUGUCUUAAAUUCGAACAGUAUAUUCGGAACCUAUUUGACUUUCUUCUGAACCUUUCCCAUUGUAUGUAAACGGAAAUGACCUAGUUUACACCGGGUGUUUGAUACGCGUACUAAGUACUAUAUUCGUACUAAAUUAAUUUAAUUCGAUGUAAACGGUGACGUAUAGUCUGGUACGAUACGAAUCAAACAGACGUAUCGUAUCAAAAUAGUACGCACUUUCAGCACACAUGUAACGGUGUAAACAUUUCCGUAUUAAGUAAUAGGCGAUUUAGGUUUUUCUCAAGUUUUCUCAAGUUUUAUUCAGUUAAUAGUUAAUAAUGUCUUCGUCUUGUGAGAAUAAAUCUGCGAUAAUUAACAUAAUGUGUAAAAAAGGACUAAAUUGGGGAGAAGAGGAGACGCGUGUUUUUUUAGAAUUAUGCACGGAAAAACAAAUAUUAUCAAUAAUGGAUGGAAAAAGACAUAAACAUGUUGAAAUUUUCCGGCUACUUGUUCCAGAAAUGGAACAAAGAGGUUACAAUAAAACUGCAGAGCAGAUGAAGCUAAAAUUAAAAAAUUUAAAACUUGCAUACUUUAAAUGCAAAAGAGAUAAUAAUGUUAGUGGAGCUGCAACUACACGUUGUUCAUUCUAUGAUGAAAUGGAAAUAUUAUAUGGCUGCAGACCAAAUGCAGCAGCAAGCUCAUGUAAUUCAGGAAUCGAUACUGCUAUUUCCAACAUUAAUGAUAAUAUUAGCAACGUAAUUGAAAAUGAACAUGAUAAUAUUGAUAAUGAUAAUGGUGGUGCUGAUAAUAAUGGAAGUUCUGAUGGUAAUGAUAAGGCUCACAGUAGUAAUAGUACUGACAAUAUUUUGCCAGUUGAAGUUAAUCUUGAAGAAAAUGAAGAACCAGCAAAAAAAAGAAGAAAAACAAAACAAAAAUCUGGAAGAGAAAGUUACAAGACUGCUUUACAAAACUGUACAGAGAAAUGGUUCACAUUGCAAAAUACUACCUUGAAUUCAAUGUUAGAGCAUCAAGAUAAAAGGCAAAAAGAAUUAAUUCAACAAGAAAUGGAUAAGCAAAGAGAAUGGGAGCAACAUGAAAUGGAGAAGGAACGUAACUUUCAACGGGAACAAACUAAUUUUAUUAUGCAAACUUUUUUACAAAGUAUACAAAUGUUAAAGCCUCAGAUGCCUCUAUUACCUCAAAAUAAUUAUCCAUCUGUAAAAUUAAUUCCUAUAAAUAAUGUUGGUUUUUCACCUUUUAAAAUAAACCAAAAAGUAAAAGAAAAUACAAAGAUGCAAACAGAAGCUACUUCAAAAGAAGAUUUAUUUACAUAUCCAAAAAGUUUUAGUUUAAACUAUGUUUUAAAUUAUAUAACGUAUUGCCAAAAAGUCAGUUUUAUGUUACUAUAUACUUCUAAUACUUUUAUCUCAAUGUUUAAUGUGUUAUGUCUAAUGUUUUAGUUUUAAAUGUAAUCUUUACAUUAUACUGUAGUUUAUUUACAGUUUUGCAAUUCCAUAUUCUGUUAUAAAAAAGCAAUGUUUUGUAAGGCAGUGAAACAGUUUAUUUUUUAUAUUAAUUAUAAGUCUAAGAUUUUUAUUUUCUAUUUUGUGAUUAUAUUUUAUUUAAUAUUUCUAUGCUCAAUAUGAUUAAAGAUAUAAGUGUAAGACAAAUA